AUGAAGGCAAAAAUCUCUGCCCUUACUGUAAUCUCCGAUGACCUCCAACAGAUCAUUGCCGACUGUGAGGUGGAGCAAGAGAAGCGGCUUCGCGAGCUCGAAGCCCUCUACAAGGGCCAUUUCGAGGAGAUCUCAGAUAUUUCUAAACGACUACGGGUCGAAAACGGCGAGCUGAAGAAGCGAUGGCUUGAUGGAGAAGCCAAGGCUUCAAGCUUCGGGCAAGAAAAUUCAUUCCUGCGUCGCGAGAACGACAUGAUGAGGCAGGACUUGGAUAAAUUGAAGCGCAACUUGGAGAAGAAGGAUCGAGAGGUGUCCGAAUUAAAAGUUGAAGUGACCGCUCAACAAUUGGAGAACCAGAAGAUUAGCCAGAGCUCGAAUGCCAAG